UUCACUUCCGCCAGCGGGGGAGAGGCGGCGGUGGCGGCGCAGGAGACCGGGCCGGGGCCCCGGGGGAUCGACGGACGUACGGGCGGGCGGCCGGGAGCCAUGGAGCGCGGCCCCGGGGCCGGGGGGCGCGGGCCUCGGCGGGUUUCCCUCUGUGCGACAUGGACACAUGAGGCUGCGAGGCUCCCAAGGGCUCGGCUUGGACCGCGAUGGGGCUGGGCUGCGGCCUCCUAACGGGGCUGUCGUCUGGGGCGGUGGCCGGGGGUUGCCCUGCCCCCUGCCCGUGUCUCCGAGCACCCCCAUCCCUCCCCUGCCGGGCAAGGCCCGCCCUGGGGCCCGGCGCCCGGCGCCCGCCAUGAACGGCCUGUCGGUGACUGAGCUCUGCUGCCUCUUCUGCUGCCCACCCUGCCCCGGCCGCAUCGCCGCCAAGCUCGCCUUCCUGCCUCCAGAGCCCACCUACUCGCUGGUGCCUGAGCCCGAGCCCGGGCCCGGUGGGGCCGGGGCCGCCCCCUCGGGGACCCUGCGGGCCUUGGCCAGCACCCCCGGGCGCUGGAAGCUCCACCUGAUGGAUCGCGCUGACUUCCAGUACAGCCAGCGCGAGCUGGACACCAUCGAGGUCUUCGUGACCAAGAGCAGCCGGGGCAACCGCAUCUCCUGCAUGUACGUGCGCUGCGUGCCCGGUGCCAGGUACACGGUUCUCUUCUCGCACGGCAACGCGGUGGACCUGGGCCAGAUGAGCAGCUUCUACAUUGGGCUGGGCACGCGCCUCAACUGCAACAUCUUCUCCUAUGACUACUCGGGCUACGGCGUGAGCUCGGGCAAGCCCUCCGAGAAGAACCUCUAUGCCGACAUCGACGCCGCCUGGCAGGCCCUGCGCACCAGGUACGGCAUCAGCCCAGACAGCAUCGUCCUGUACGGGCAGAGCAUCGGCACGGUGCCCACCGUGGACCUGGCCUCGCGCUACGAGUGCGCCGCGGUGGUACUGCACUCCCCGCUCACCUCGGGCAUGCGCGUCGCCUUCCCCGACACCAAGAAGACCUACUGCUUUGACGCGUUCCCCAACAUCGAGAAGGUGUCCAAGAUCACGUCGCCGGUGCUCAUCAUCCACGGCACGGAGGACGAGGUGAUCGACUUCUCACACGGGCUGGCGCUCUACGAGCGCUGUCCCAAGGCCGUGGAGCCUCUGUGGGUGGAGGGCGCCGGGCACAACGACAUCGAGCUCUACAGCCAGUACCUGGAGCGUCUGCGCCGCUUCAUCUCCCAGGAGCUGCCCAGCCAGCGUGCCUAGCCUAGCGGCAGGCCCGAGCCGCGCCGGGACCUCAGCAAUAAGGCGGCGCCCGGACCCCGCCCUGGCCCCGGGGGCUGCAUGUGAACCCCCGGGCGCCCCACGUCCUCGAAGCAGCUGACCGGUAGGGGUCGGGACCUGACCCGGCCCCUGGGCCGUGGACAAUGUACAGGCGACGGAGCUAUGCUCUCCUUUCCUUUUGGAAGCAAAACUAAGGAAAAACGUGAGAACAGAAAUUAAAGAUUUAAAAUUUUAA